AGUAAAUAAUCUAUGUUAAAUCAUUAGUUAUUAUGUUGGGAGAUUGCGGAGUAGGUAAAACAACAAUCUUAAAUAAGUAAGAAAUCUAUUUAACAAAAGUUUUUUGGAUAUUAUAGCAAAAACUGAGACAACAAUUGGAGUAUAGCAUCAUUCAUUCACAAGAAACAAUAUCAAAUUUUCAAUAUGGGACACUGCAGGAUAAGAAAAAUAUAGAUCUAUAGUAUCAAGGUUUUAUUGUUGUUUUAUUAUAGCCAUUAUAAAAGAGCAAAAGCUGCGAUUUUAGUUUACGAUUGUUCAAAUGAAUAAUCAUUGUUGCAUAUCGACAAAUGGAUAGAAGAGCUUGUUUUCUAGGCUGGUGCUAAUGUAAAAAUUGCAUUAAUAGGGGUAAAGAAUCUUAAAUGAAAUGUUGGUUAGAAUAAAACAGAUUUAUAAAGUUUCGAUAUGAAUGAGCAUGUACAAAAGUUAACAGAAUAAUAUGAUAUAGCAUAUCAAAUUUAAACUAAUCAUUAAGAUCCAGAGUUCAAAGAUAAGAUGAAUUAAUUGCUAGACUAAAUUAGCAUGAGUACAAUAUUAUUUUAUUUUUAUAUUUGGGAUUGAUACCUCCUAAUCAGCAAAAUUAGUCACCAAUAUCCAAUAUUAAUUUAGUAGAUAAUCAUAAUCAAGUUCAAGUGAUGUAAUUCGCCUAUUAGGAAGAAAAUUAAUAUACAGAAAAUAAACAAUUAAGCCCAAUUGAAGUUAAGGCUAAUAAUGCCAGUCAAGAACAAAAAAGUUGUGAAUGCUGA